UUUUUUUAAAACGUGCCUGAUAUAUUUUCCCAAGUUUUCUCUGUAGACACCGGCUCUAAGAUUUUUGUGUGCAUGACUGAAACAAUGGCUUUGACUGGGAAUUGUAGGACUUACCCUCCGACAAAAGAACUGGGGUCUGUUCAGAAUUCUUUCCCCGAUGUUGUAGAGCUGAAUGUUGGUGGGCAAGUCUACUUCACCCGCCACACCACCCUAAUUAGCAUUCCCAACUCCCUACUUGGAAAGAUAUUCUCCCCAAAAAAGGAUCUCACCAAUGACUUGGCAAGGGACACUAAGGGACGAUACUUCAUUGACAGGGAUGGUUUUUUAUUUCGUUACAUAUUGGACUAUCUCAGAGACAAGCAAGUGGUUCUCCCUGAUCACUUCCCAGAGAGAGGAAGGCUGAAAAGAGAGGCGGAAUAUUUCCUGCUGCCCGAGCUGGCCAAAAUCUUGACCCCUGAUGACCUUAAGCAAAGCCCAGAUGACCAAUUUCAUAUUGACUUCGAGGAGGCAUCACAAGGUAGCGAUCAAAGGAUAUGCCCACCGUCUUCAUUAGUGCCUGCUGAUAGGAAAAAUGGCUUUAUUACAGUCGGGUAUAGAGGGUCUUGCACCAUGGGACGAGAGAGCCAAGCCGAUGCCAAGUUCCGAAGGGUGCCGAGAAUCUUGAUUUGUGGAAGGAUAGCUUUAGCCAAGGAGGUCUUUGGGGAUACCUUGAAUGAGAGCAGGGACCCGGACAGGCCACCUGAGAAGUAUACAUCCAGGUUUUAUCUAAAGUUCAAACACCUGGAACGAGCUUUUGACAUGUUGUCAGAGAGUGGAUUCCAGAUGGUUGCCUGUAAUUCUUCAGUGACAGCAUCCUUUGUCAAUCAAUACACAGAUGACAAGAUUUGGUCCAACUACACAGAAUAUGUCUUCUACCGUGGUCCUUCCCAAUGGAUGUCCCCUCACUGUGAUUGCUGCUGCACAACCAACAAGGUAGACCCUGAAGGGGAGAGUGGGACGUCCUUCAACGAACUCUCCACCUCCAGCUCCGAGAGCCAAUCCGAGGCGAGCUCUCCACAGGAAACGGUCAUCUGUGGACCGGUAAGCCGCCAGCCCAACAUCCAGACUCUCGACCGGCCCCUAAAGAAAGGCCCCGUGCAGCAGCUACAGCAGUCCGAGCUGCGUCGGAAGAGUGACCUGCUGAGGACUCUGACCAGCAGCUCUCGCGAAUCCAACAUCGGCAAAAAAAAACCCACCAAGGAAAAGCUAACCAUGGAGGAAGAGCUGGAGAAAUGCAUCGAGGAUUUCCACAAAAUCAAAAUUCCAGACAGAUUCCCGGAGAGAAAAUACAUGUGGCAGUCUGACCUCCUUAGGAAAUAUCGUCUUUAA